CUAAAAUUUUCUCGGCUAAUUUUCCCGAGAAAGUUCUCCACAGCAAAAAUUGAGAAGAAAGAAGCUAAUCGUUGUGGGCCGAAGAAAACCAUGACGACGUUGAUCAGAAAAGUGUGGGAGUUGGUGUCAAGCCGCACGGUUUCGUGUUCAGAGUCAACGUCGUCGUCUUCUUCUUCGAGCUCUCCGUCGGAAACGGCGGGUUUCGGGGCGUUCGAUCGAGUGCCGACAGACCUACUGAUGCAAAUCGCGAGACUGGUGGGGCCCAAGGAGCCGUGAAAUUGAGCGUCGUGUGCAGAGCGUGGCGGUGCGUCGUCUCCGAGAACGAGCUGUGGAUUUUCUUUCUAAAGAAUCAGAAGCUGGAGGAGGAGAAUUAUUGGGAAUCCUUUGCUUUCCCGGAAACCCAUUUGAGAUUCGGAUACCCACUUCAAACAUUCUUGGGUGAGAGUCGCCAGUUGUCCUACAUGGGUAUUUAUGGUCAACGAGUUCCUGGUUUUGUUAUCAUUGACGGGGGCUCUGGCUAUUGCAAGUUUGGCUGGAGCAAAUACGCAUGUCCAUCAGGCCGAUCAGCAACCUUUUUGGAAUUUGGUAAUGUUGAGUCGCCAAUGUAAUCAAGACUCCGCCAUUUUUUUUUUUGUGAAUAUUUAUAGCAGGAUGCAGGUGAAACCAUCUUCGCAGCCCGUGGUUUUGUCUAUACCAAUCUGCCAUUAUGAUGAUACUGAAUCUGCUAAGGCAUCGAGACGGCAGCUCAAAGAAGCCAUAUACAAAGUACUUUUUGACAUGAAUGUCCCUGCUGUCGGUGCCGUUAAUCAGGCAACUUUAGCUUUGUAUGCAGCAAGACGAACUUCAGGGAUUGUUGUAAACAUUGGUUUCCAGGUCACUUCUAUUGUUCCAAUUUUAAAUGGUAAAGUUAUGCGCAAGGUGGGUGUGGAGGUUAUGGGAUUGGGAGCGCUGAAGCUUACAGGGUUCCGUAGGGAGCUAUUGCAGCAGAGCAAUAUCAAUUUUGACUCACUGUACACUGUUCGUGUUGUGCCUUGGCCCGUUCGUUAGUGCGGAAACGAGAUUCAGAUUACAACCUCACCAUAUUCACACUCAGUUGAACAGAAUAAAAUACAAGAAAUAAAGACACUGAGAGAUUUACGAGGUUCGGCAAAAACCUGCCUACGUCCUCCAAGAGAUAUUGCUCUUCACUAUGAGAAUAACUAGUACAAGAUACACUUGAGUUAAAUCAACAUAACCCAAACCCCAACCCCUUGUACCCUCACAGAAUUUUACUAAGAGACUCACUCUUCCCAAGAGUUUCUCACUCUCACUCUAUAUUUUUCUCUCCUUUGUGUUUUCCGAAUGCACACCCACUUUCUUCACAAUUGGCAAGCUCACUUUUUUUGUGUAUGAAAAAUUCCUUCACUUAUAGACAUGCACCUUCAAUUAUGUCAACCACCAAAAAACAAAGUUUACGGGUCAUGUUUCCAAAUUCCACAAAACAUGCUUCCACAAAACAUGUUUCCCCAAAACAUGCUUCCACAAAACAUGCUUCCACGAAACAUGCUUCCAAAGUCCACAAAGUUGAGAGGAAAUGGUUGCCAACUCAUAAUUAUAUGAGCCAAACACAACAAUCUCCAUCUUGGCGAAUAUACUGUGCAAAAAUCCUUGCACCCAUCACCAAUGUCCAUUGGCCUUACGUACCAGCAUACACACCCUGAAUCAACCUCGUUGGUCUUGUUCCUGAUUCAGUCACUGCCAAUGCAUGUGCAGCUGCUGCAAGCUAAAAAUCACCAUUUAGCUUCAGACAGGAUCUCGACACAUCCUCGUCUCCUCCAGCAGGUUUUCCUCCUCUUCAUUGUCUGCAACCUGGAAACUCGUUAGCGCGCCCGUUUCCAGUAACAACCCAUCGAGCCAGACAAAAUUCCCACACUUCCUCCUACCUCAUGAUCAUCUCAUCACCUGUGAAUCCCAUAGCUCCACCUGUUGCAAAACCCCUGCAACACUUGAGACUAAACAUCACCAGGAGAAGUGUUGCUUCGAGUACCUAGAGGGCAUACUCGAAGUCUUCCGCCACAAAAUUGCUACAACCCGGACCAAGAUCAUCCUUUCUUUUUCUCAAAGGACAAUUUUUCUUUUUAUGUCCGAAUUCUUUGCAGUUGUAGCAUUGUAGACCUUUGCCUCCGGAACCGGAUUUGAACCUGUUGUCUCUCUCAGAUCCUUCUCCCAAUUUUCUUCCACGAUUCCAACCUUGAACAGCUAAAGCAGUCUCGUGCCCACCAUCAACAAUGGUCUUCUUCUUUUGUGUAUCAUAAGACACCAAAGAAGCUUGCACCUGCUCCAAACUUACUGUAUCUUUUCCAUGCAGUAAGGUUGUCACAAGAUUUUCAUACGAAUCUGGAAGUGAGGUAAGAAGUAAGAGGGCUUUGUCUUCUUCCUCAACCUUAAUGUCAACUUUCCGCAAUUGAUCCAAGUAUCCGUUGAACUCAUUCAUGUGGUCCAUGAGAUUCCCACCUUCAUCCAUCUUCAGCUUGUACAGUUUCCGCUUCAAAUGCAACUUGUUGGUCAAACUCUUAGCAAUAUAGAGUUUUUCCAACUUCUCCCAAAGUGCAGGCGUAGAAUCUUCAUCCAUAACAUUAUUGAUAAUGUUAUCUGCUAUACAGUGUCGAAUCGUGCUAACACAACGCGCCUCCAGCUCCUCCCACUGGUCAUCUGUCAUUUCUUGAGGCUUCCCAUCUUUUCCCUUCAAAGCUCUAGCCAAGCCUUGUUGAGUCAAGACAUCCUUUACUCUCAUCUGCCAAAGAGUAAAACUGCCUUUCCCAUUAAACUUCUCAACUGAAAAUGACAUGUUUGUAGUCAUCAUGGUGAAUAAAAAAUCUGAACCGUCAAUGAACCAAAGCUUCCAACAAAGCUCUGAUACCAAUUGUUGUGCCUUGGCCCGUUCGUUAGUGCGGAAACGAGAUUCAGAUUACAACCUCACCAUAUUCACACUCAGUU